UGUAGCAGAUACAGAGCAGGUCCUGGUGGGGCAGUCACUGCUGUUGUGUUGUGUGUGGAGAUCUCUCAGAGCAGCAGCCCCUGAUCAUGUGACUCCUCCUCCUCCCUGUGACUGAUCACAUGACGGUGACAUCAUCGCAGGUCCUGUAAGCACACGGCUCCUCUACAGAUACAGGUUUCUCCAAUCCAGGAUCCUCUGCUGAUGUCUUCUAUAUAAGAGAAUUCUCCUGGAUGACCCAUCAACCAUGGAGAGAGACAGGAACAAGAUGGCCGACAGGAUCAUAAACCUCACCCUACAGAUACUCUUCCGUCUUACUGGAGAGGAUUACACAGUAGUGAAGAAGUCCUCUAGUGGGCGCAGUCACUCCCUGAUACAUGAGGAAAUGGAUGAACAGAAGAUCCGAGAACUCAUCAACAAGAUGAUGGAGCUGCUGACUGGAGAGGUUCCUAUAAGGUGUCAGGACGUGGCGGUCUAUUUUUUCCAUGGAGGAGUGGGAGUAUGUAGAAGGACACAAGGAUCAGUACAAGGAUCAGGUCAUGAUGGAGGAUCAGCAGCCCCUCACAUCACCAGUCAGAUCCAGUAAGAGAACAGCACCAGAGAGGUGUCCCCGUCCUCUUGAUGAGAAGAAUAUGGAGGACAUUACCACAGGGAAAUAUCUGAUCUAUAUUAAUCCUACAGAUAUAAAAGAUGAAGAUACAGAUGUGAGCGGUGAUAAGCAGUAUAAGGAGGACAUUCCUACAGGGAAAGAUCUGACCUAUAUUAAUCCUACAGAUAUAAAAGAUGAAGAUACAGAUGUGAGCGGUGAUAAGCAGUAUAAGGAGGACAUUCCUACAGGGGAAGAUCUCAUCUCGAUUAAUGCUACAGACAUAAGGGAAGAAGAAGAGACAGAUGUGAGCAGUACUGAGCAGUAUAAGGAGGACAUUCUUACAGAGAAAGAUCUGAUCUAUAUUAAUAUGACAGAUAUAAAGGAAGAAGAGGAGACAGAUGUGAGCGGUGAUGAGCAGUUUAAGGGGGACAUUCCUACAGGGAAAGAUCUGAUCUAUAUUAAUGCUCCAGACAUAAUAGUAAAAGUAGAAGAAGAGACAGAUGUGAGCGGUGAUGAGCAGUAUAAGGAGGACAUUCCUACAGGUAACCGCCCAGAUUCUUGUACCAGGAGAUCAGAGGAGAAUCUUAUAUCUUCAGAUUAUAAAGCAGAUGAUGAUAUCACACAAGAUACAUAUGAAGAACAUUCCAUUAUCCCAGAUACACCCUCAGCCCUUCACAGCCAAGAUCUGUCAUCUCAUCCUUAUAUACAGGUCCUGUCUUCUCAGUCAUCACAGGAUGUUCAGCAAAAUAAAAGUCACAGAAGGGGUGUUGGACAUCAAUGAGCUCAUACAGGAAGGAAACCAUAUUCAUGCUCAGAAUGUGGGAAAUGCUUUAUUUCUAAAUCAAGUCUUGUUAGACAUCAGAGAUAUCACACAGGAGUGAAGUCAUUUUCAUGUUCAGAAUGUGGGAAAUGUUUUCCU